AUGGCAGGUGAAGUCUCUACCUUCAGACUUUACAGAUACGAUCCAUCUUUUGGCGCGGCCGUUGUGAUGGUCAUUAUAUUUAUACUCGCUUCUGGUUUUCAUACUUACCAAGUGGCUCGGACACGAACAUGGUUCUUUGUGCCCUUUGUAGUCGGCGGCUAUUUUGAGUUCAUCGGUUACAUUGGGCGCGCCGUGUCCGGAACGCAAAGUCCUCACUUCACCACGCUUCUGCUCCUAAUCGCACCGACCUUGUUCGCGGCCAGUAUCUACAUGGAAUUGGGUCGGAUCGUCAUGCUCACCCACGGGGAGGCAUACUGUUGGAUCCGGAGAGAGUGGUUGACCAAAAUCUUUCUGCUGGGUGACAUUAUUUCAUUCCUGAUGCAGGGCGCUGGCGGCGGCAUCAUGGCCAGCGGCACGGCCAGCGCCCUUUCGACUGGCGAGCGUAUUAUCAUCGCUGGCUUGGUCAUCCAACUAAUCUUCUUCUCGCUAUUCACGGUCACUAGCAUUCGCUUUCAUAUCGGUAUGCGUGACGGCCCCACCCGGAAGGUACUGUCGUCGCAACCACCCUGGGAAAUUCACAUGUAUGCCCUGUAUGCUGGCAGCCUUCUUAUCCUUGUCCGCUCUCUGUUCCGCUUGGUCGAGUAUGCACAGGGCAACAAUGGCUACCUGGUCUCGCACGAAGCGUACAUGUACGUCUUCGAUGGGUGUCUGAUGGUCCUGGCAAUGAUGGUCUUUGCCUGGAUUCACCCGAGCGAAAUCAAUGCACUGCUGAAAUCUAGUAACAGGACUAUCAGGUGA